UAAUCUCUUAUCCUGGUGCGCCCGACGAAAACUAACCUCGUAGUGGAUUAUGUGUUGAUUGUCAGUAGGAGUUCUGAGGUGUUGGUGUUAUCUCCAGCGUCGUUAUAGUAGCUGUUUCAUGCGAAGUAUAGGUUUAACGACAUUUCAAUCCACAUUCCCACUAGUACUGGCCAUGGACUAUCUUACGAAAGCGCGAGUCAACGAAAGGCAUCAACUGCAUGAUGGAUUCAGUGUUGCACGUUUUAGAUCAGUUUUCAUUGGCAGCUGUAUAACAAGAGUGUUUCCCCCUUCAGCCAUUUUGCGUCUGAGCAUUGUUCUCUCUCUGUCCUAUCUCAACGCUCUUUUGAUCUAGGUGUGAUGUCAUCUCUUCAUCUUACAUCAAUCACGGAAUCUCAAGCAGGACGUCUCUGAUGAAACCUGGUGCCUCACUGCUGCGCCAACUUCAUGAUGCAAAUCA